AUGGCUAAGUGCAUCAAUCUUAAAGAAAACCAUAAGUUAAUUUCUAAAAAGGUUGAAGCACAAAAGGACAUAGCUCAGCUUCACAAGGAUCUUAACCAAAAUCAAUGUUGGGUUUAUAAUUAUCAAAACAGACUUAAUGUAAAAAUUAUGGAACUUGAUUCUGUGAGAGCUGAGGAGACUGUUACAUCUUCUAAUGAAUCAGAAGUGUCAGGUUCAAGUGAUACUGACAAAUGUUCUAAUAUGUCUGAUACAUCAUCUGAUGAUUCAGAAUCCUCUGAAAAUGAUGUGGUUGAAAAUGUUGUUUUGUCUGAUGAUUGUCUGAAUGACAGUAGGAUAGUUGACAAAGAAGAAUCAUCUGAUUUCUGCACUGAGUCUAAAAAUCAGACUGAUGAUUCUUGUAUAUCAGAUGAUAAGCAAAAUCUUUCUAAGGAUUCAACUACUUUUGCUAAACCAGAAUCCCCUGUUUUAGAAACAAGCGUGGACUCAAAAAUCAUAAAUGAUGCUUGUAUAUCAUCUGACAAACCAGAAUCAUCUACCUCUACAGAAUCAGAUUCCACAGAGGAGGUUUCUAAAAUGGAUAGUUCUCCAAAAACUACUCCCCUAAGGAAGAAGAAAUCACGUAAAAACAAAAGACGGAACAAAAAGGGUGACAGUUGA